CACGAUGCGUAACCAAGUUCUAAUAGGUGUUUUAUUGAUAUCAUUUGCGAGAUCUGAUCUUUUGAUCGAUCUUCCGGACGGCACAGUUCGUGGAGUAGAAACCAUAACCGAAAAAUACACGUACUACUCUUAUCGAGGCAUUCCAUUUGCGAAGCCGCCGCUAGGGAAUUUGAGGUUCCAGGCUCCUGUGCCAAACGAAGGAUGGGACGGAAUUCUAGAUGCUACGGAAUACAAAAGUUGUUGCAUAUCGAUGACCUUUGCUGGAGAUGAACCCCAGCAAAGUGAAGACUGCCUGUAUAUUAAUGUUUACACGCCACCGCGAAACAUUACAGAGAAACUACCGGUUAUGUUGUCGAUAUAUGGAGGCUCUUUUUCGACUGGAUGUGCUACAGAUACUGUUUCCGACCCCUACCCUCUUGUGGCAGAAGAUGUCAUUGUGGUUACGUUCAAUUACCGUGUCGGUUUGUACGGUUUCCUGAGUACCAACGACAGCGUGACAAUAUUCGGCAUGAGCGCGGGUGGCAUAUCUGUCGGGGCGCAUGUUGCGAACAAAAAAUCCGCAGGAUUAUACAGAGCCGCGAUCUGCCAAAGCGGCUCUGCGCUAUCGAAAUUGCCCGCUACAUCUCAGACUGAUCCGAAGAAAGUUGCCUACGACAUUGCCAGAUCUAUAAAUCCUCUGAUCUCACAGGAUAGCGAGGAGAUCAGGGAUUUCUUGCAGAGUGUACCGGCGGAUGUUUUGACUAACGCUUACAACGCGAAUCCCCAGACUGGACCAGUUGUAGAAGUCGAACACGAGAAUGCAUAUAUAACGGAGCUUCAAUUCGAGUUGAUCGAAUCCGGAAACUUUAACCAAGUUCCUCUCAUGAUAGGAACAACUGCCGGUGAAUCCCUUACUUUUUAUGGACUUCUAUGGAUCCAACUUAUAGCUAAGGCGCUCUCUUUUGAUUUGAACGAGGAGUCAUUGAUACCCUUCAACCUGAACCCCUUGCCGGGUACCAAUUUGACCGAAGUUGCAGGUUUGAUCAAACAAACCUACUCCGAUAAUCAACCAUUCGUAUUAAAUUUGGCUUCAUUUGUUGAGUUCACCAGCGACGCUAAUUUCGUUAGGCCUUCUCUCAAACAUGCCGAACUUCAAUCCAACUACACUCCGGUGUAUUUCUACCAGUUCUCGUAUUCUGGAACAGUGGCUCAAUUUCAUGUGAUCGUUGAUGGUGCCGGAAAAACGGGACACGGAGAAGAUGUUAUUUAUCUGCUUGACUUCCCAGGUUUCCAAUUAACCACGGACGAAGAGUUUCUAACUAGAAGGAGAAUGGCCAGACUAUGGACGAACUUUGCCAAGACACUGAAUCCCAUCCCUGAUGAGACGGACCCGCUUCUGAACGUAACGUGGCCUCAAGUUUCGGGAUCAAAUAUUCCUUACCUGGAUAUAGAUGCCACCCUGGAGGUCAAGCCUGGUAAAAAGGUUAAAGAAAUGGCAAUGUGGAAUGAAGUUUUCUACAAAUAUGGCCAGCAGCCUUUCGUGGGUUUCUAA